CGGGCGGUCUCCAUCACCGGCGCUCCCGGGCUGCCUCUUCGCCCCACGGUGCCCGGGCCGGGGCCCCGGGCUGAGCUCCUGUCCACCGGCGGCGGAGGGAAGGCUGAGGAUGUCGGGCAGCAUGGCAAGGAAGGUGCAGCCCUUCACCAUCAGCACCAAGCUCUCGCUGCCCAAGUGUGCCGCCGACUUCCCCGGGGACGCCUGCCCCGGCAUCGCCCUCGCCUCCGCGCUGGACAACCACCGCGGCCUCCGCCGCAGCCUCAACGAGCGCAUCUCCCUCUACCUGGCCCAAGCCCGGGCCAGCCCCGCCACCCCCGAGGGACAGCCUCGCAGAUCCAGCCCCGGCGGGGAAGCGGGGACCGAUGAGGAGCGGCUGAACCGUAACUCCCUGGCCCGCUCCAUUAAGAAGAUCACGCUGUCCAACUGGCAUGGGGAGGCUGGCGCGGGGGGACAGGGGGACCCUGCCCGGACCAGCGGCGAAAGGAACCACAACAACAACAACAGCAGGGCAGGGAAAGCUCAGUUCAAGGUCUUCCUCAAGAAGGAUGUGGAUGUGGAAGAUGAGCAGCAGGAGGCUGGGAGUUUGGUGGACAGAGGGUCUCCCUUCUAUGCGCUGGCAGGACCCCCGGCAUCAUCGCCCCGGAAAGAGAGCCCCAAGGGCAAAGAGUCCACGGUGACGCCGAGAUGUGGUGGGCGAGGUGGCACAGGGGCAUCGCCCCUCCUUGACCCAAGCCCUCUGGUAGCCCAGUUCAACCGGGAGAUGCUGCAGGCAGAGGGUUGGGUACGAGGCAAGCUACGGGACCUGAAGGAUGGCUGCGACCUCCAGGAGUGGGAGGAGGUGGCUCAGACCCUGCAGCGGGACAUGAAGGAUUUUGAGAACACACUGAUAAAGCUCAACCAGAUGGGUGAGCAGCUGAUGUGGCAGGUGAGCCCCAGUGCUGAUGGGGUGCGGAGGCAGCUCCUGGCCCUGCGAGACCAGUGGCAGCUCCUGAAGCAGACGUCUGCCAGCCAGAGCAAAGCCCUGGGGGGGCUGCGGAGCCUGCAGGACUUCAACAGGAAAGCUGAGCAUCUGGAGGCAUGGAUCAGGCACAAGGAGGAGAAGCCAUCCCUGGCAGCCCUCCUGCAGGAGAGCCCAGACAAGAUUCAGCUCACCCGCCGCAUCCUUGACUUGAAGCAGGAGGAGCAGCAGUUCCAGAGUCUGCAUGAGGAGCUGAACAGCCUGGCCCAGAAGCUGGAGAAACAAGGCAAAAGUGAGAGCAGGAGCAUCGCAGCCCGGCGCAAGCACCUCAAUAAAAUGUGGCUGCGACUGCAGGGAACCCUGAAGGAGCAUCAUGAGGCUCUUCAGCUGGCCCUGGAGGUGGCCACCUUCCUCCAGCAAGCAGAUACCGUGCUCGGAGCCAUCCACGCCAAGCAGAGAAGCAUCUGCAUUGCGGGGAAGCCAGGGGAGGGCGAGCCAUGCCGGGAUCGGGAUGUCAGAGACAUAGCCAGCCAGGUGAUGAUGCUGGAUGUGACUGUGUCUCAGCUCCUCAGCCUGCAGCCCAGCCUGGCAGCUCGAGUCACCCCCAAGCACCGAGAUGUCAAGGAGAAGUGGGUGCAGCUUCAGCAAGUGCUGAGGAUGGAGAAGGCCCCAGGACUGGUGAGCAGUUCUCUGGGGACCGAAGCUGUGGCUCCAAGCACGGAAUCCCAGAGAGAUGAUAGCAGCCGGGGGUCUGUGGAGAAGGAAGCAGGAGACAAAUGGUCAAGAGGCCCUGGGAGCAUGGUGCUGAAGGAUGUGCCAGGGAAGGCAGCGGAGCAUGGGAGAGGAGAGAAGACCAGCCCUGGCUCUCCAGCGACCAGGCAGCCCCAUCGUAGUGGGGACAACAAAAGGAAGAGGAGAGGGGCAGAGGCUGAGUGGGGCAUGCAGCAGCCAGAGUCCCAGGUGCAGGAUGUCUGUCAGGCAGUGAAUGUGACUGUGUCCUCGCACAAGGAGAGUGCAGGUCCCGGCAUCCCCCCGUGUCCAGUGGGGGAUGUGGAGAGCCUGGAAGCAGCACAGACACAGCCAGAGCCCCUGGACCCCAGCUGCAGUGGCAGGGCUGUGCUCCUGGAGAGGCCAGAGCUGGGGGGACCUCCGGGGAGCCCACAGGUGGAGGCCAUGCUGCGGGAGCUUGGGGAGCUGUGGGAGGACCUGCAGAGGAAGCACCAGGAGAAUGGUGCUGUGCUGCGGGAAAUCGAUAAGGCACUGAGGCUGGUGGGGGAGCUGGACCGGGUGGAGCGGUGGCUGCAAACCAUGUCUGAGUCUCUCUCGGAGCCAGCCACCAUGAGAAGCCCAGCAGAGCUGCGCCAGGACCUGGAGGAGACAGGGCAGCUGGAGAGGCAGCUCCUGCUGUGUGGCCUCAAGCUCCAGGGGCUGCGGGAAGAGGCAGCAGGCGAGCCACCCACUGAGCAUGAAGGGGCGAGGAAGAUGCAACGGAAGGUGGAGAUGGUGGAGGAUAAGCUGGCACAUGUGCAGGCAGCCCUGCGGCGCCGGGCAGCAGACCUGCGUGACUCCCUGGUGCUAUCUGAGUUCCUGCAGGAACUGCAAGAGGAGGAAGCUCAGAGCCAGCAGGCACCUGCAGUGCCAGGAAGCAGGCAUUGCAGUUUGCAGGGGUCUUUUCCCCUGCUCUCAGCCCAGCCUGGGCAGCUGACAAGCAGCAAGGACAUGAGCCACCCCUUGGGAGAGCUGCAGGAAGCUGUGGAGAUGCUGAAUGAUGCAGCCAAGGAGCGGGAACGGGUCAUGGAGGUUGCAGCAGAGACAGAAAGACUGGAGCUCCUGGUAGCAGAGGUGUCCCCACGCCUGGAGGCCCUUCGAUGCAGAGCUGAGGCACUGGGUCGUGACACUGCCCAAGCAGAGAGUGGCUUCACUGUGGUGAAGAGUGAGAAGGAUCUUCAGGGGCUGCAGGGCUUGCUGAGCCGGCAGCAGGAGAUGGAGCAUGUGGUGUCGGAGACCCUUCAGGGGCAGCUGGAGGAUCUGGAGAAGGCAGCUGCCCGCUUGCAAGACCUCUGCCCUGCUCGGCUCUGCCCUGCCAGCCAGGAGGUGCAGGGGACACUGCAGGCCUGGGCAGGGCUGCAGGAGCUGCUGCGGGAGACCCGUGCCCAUGUGCAGCAGGCCGUCCGGCUGCGGCACUUCUUCAAGGAUUACUUAGCCAUGAUCUCCUGGACAGAGGACACACGGGCUCAGAUCUUCUCUGAAACCCCAAGUGGCCAUGGUCUCCCAGAGACUCCACGUGAGGAGCUAGAGAGGAGGAUUGAAGGGAAGCUCAAGGAGUUCGAGGCUCUGGCAGCAGCAGGGCAGCAGCUGGUGUCUGAGGAUCACUACCUGAGUGCAACGAUACAGGAACGCUUGGAGGAGCUUCAGAGCAUGCUGGGCUGGGUUCUGGUGCGCUGGCGAGCACAAAAACAUCAGCAUGACCCAGGGAACAAGCUGGAGGACAAAAGAGACCCAGAGAGCCCCCUGGGCACAUUGCCCCCCAGCCAAGAUUGUGCUUUGCCCCAUCUGGAGAGCACGUGCAGCCCAGUGGGGUUCAUGCCCUGCUCCCUCCCUGAGCCUGUGCAAGGAUCAGAGCUACAGGUGCCAGCACAAAUGGCCAGCUCCCCACUGGCAUCACCCCUCUUGGAUACCCCAUUGGGAGUGGAGAGAACCUGGGAAGAGGCCAGCACCUUGACAUCCCACAGCACUGGACCACCCAGGGAGGCUGUCAUCUGGGAUCCUGCUGAGACCUCCACGCUGCUGCUGCCACCGCGGGGCCCUGGUGGGCUUGGGGGGACGGUCAACCUCAUCCUCAGCAUUAGCAAGAAGGGGGAGAAGAAGAAGGUGCAGACAGUGGCCAGUGGCGAGCAGCCAGCAGAGGAGGUGCUGCAGACGCUCCCUGCCACUAAAUCCUCAAGCUGUAAAACCUUUUGGAAGCGUUGCCAGGGGCUUUUAGGAAACACUUGGGGUAGCUUAAAGCGAAAAAGAAAGCCACCUCGCCAGCCAGUGGAAGAGGUGCAGGUGGAGGCUGGGAAAACCUUCAAUACAAAGCGGCCGCCCCCAGCCACCCGCCGCCCUUCAGUAUCCAGCAGUGGGACCCCUGCCACCUCCCACACCCUGCCCAAGGCUGGGGCCAGCUCCCUCUUCAACAGCCUGCAGCGGCGGGAGCGGGCACGGGCAGAGCAGGCCCGGCUGCUGACACUGCAGGGCAUCAUGGGUGCCAGCUCCCUGCAGCCCACACCUGAGGAACACCAUGGCCCCAGAAACACAUGGCCUCAGAAAUGUGGCCGGAGAAAAGCAGGGCCAGGGGCGUCCACCUCUGGACUCGGGGAGCUGCUGCUCUACGUCAGGAACCCACUGGUGCGGGAUAUUGACGCUGAGUGUGGGGCGUCCUCUGGGGAUCCCCGCCUCCCUGACCCAAAAGCCACAUGCCCCCACCUGUCCCUGGGCUCUGUGUUCAGCCUGGAGCUGCCUCGGGACAUGGCUGUCCUCAGGUGCCACCAAGGGGCUACGGCACAGCGGGAGGAGGCAGAGCAGGAGCAGAGGCAGGGCAGGAGCAUGAGGCCGUGGAAGCCCACCAGCACACAUGGAGCCAGAUGGCAGGAGGAGGGGGAUGUGGAUGGACACAGUCCCCAGGUGCCCAGUGAGAGGAUGGAGCUGUCCACCAAGAGUGAACAAGGAACCUGGUUUGAGGAGGUUAGCUUCAAUCCCAGCUACAGCUGCCAAAGGGCACACCGGGCCAGGGAGGAGCUCCGCAGCCCACACCACCCCAGCAGCACCAGCAAAGACCUCCUGGACUUCAGGCCAAGUCAGCCAUCCCACAUCAGUGUGCUGCUUGAGCGGGCUGGCCAGGACAGGGAUGAGCUGGCCACCCAGCUAGGCCAGGACAGCACCCCCAGGAUCACCAGCAGGGCCAGGCACCAUGAAGCCUCUCAGAUGGAGCUCAGGCCAUCCACUGGCAGCAUCUCGUGCAGGGCAGGAGCCGUCCCUAGCCCUGCCCGCACUCAGCAGCCAGCCGACAGCAGCCAGCCCAGUGGGUCUCCGGCUUCCCCACCAGCCUCCACCCAGCUUUCUGUCUUUGAGUGGGCACUGGGGUCCCCUCAGCCCCCCAGCCCUGUGCUGGGCACCAGGGAGGUUUGCCACCCUGCCCAUGGGCAGUUUGAGGAAGAGGAGGAGGAGCUGCAGGCCAUCUGGGAUGGGGCAGGCGAGCAGCAGGUACCCAGCCCACCAGCCAGCAGCCAUGCCCACCAUGGGCCGGGCAGUGGGGCAGGCAGUCUCUCAAGCCCCGAUGCCACCACCAGCGGGCCCGUCAUCCUCUCAGCAGCCAACAACGUGCUAGUGGCCAAGUUCACCCUUCCCACCACUGCCCGGCUCCUCCACAGCCCGGUGGCAGAGAAGAGCCCCGUCGUGGGGCACAGUGGCAGUGUCAGCCCCAGCAGGCACAGGGUGUCCCCCCGCACAGAGGAGAUGGUGUCCAGAGCACCCCUGGACAGUCCGGGUGUCUGGGAUCGGCGGAGGUAUGGGGAAGAGGAGAGAGAAGGCAACAAGGCCCAUUCCAAUAAAAUGGAGUUUCAGAUGAUGGAAGGGACACUGGAAAGGAAGCACGUGUUGCAGACAGGAGGGAGGAAGGCCAACAGCCGUGCCUGGAGCCUUUUCCAUGCCGUGCUUAUGAGGCAGACGCUGUGUUUCUACCAGGACCGGAGGGACAGCCUCAAGAGCUCCGUGGUGGCCCUUCCCCUGAACCUCUCUGGGGCAGUCUGCACCCUGGACACUGAAUACACCAAGAAAACCAACUGCUUCAGACUACAGCUGCGGGAUGGCUCUGAGUACCUCCUGAGGGCCCCCUCACAGUCUCUCAUGAACGAAUGGGUCUCCAAGCUGCAGCAAAACUCAGGUUUCCCUGAAGUGGAUUACUUCCAGGCAGCAGCACAGCAUGUUGAGAGCACUGGCGGUGCUGGGGGUUUCAGCAAGGUCUCCAGCUCUGGAAGCUCCUGCCUCCAGGGACAUCAUCAGGUCACAACUGCCGAGAGCCAGGAGAUUGUGGUGCUACCCCAAUCAAACACCCGGGUGCAGUGGCCUCUAGGCAGCCAGGAUGGCCCAGCUGAUGGGGCUGUGGCAGUACCAGAGGAUGCUCAUGGGGCAGGCCACAGGAAGCAGCAGUGGUCACCGAGAGGGUCCCCUGGGCUGUGGGACAACAGCUGUCAAGAAGUUGACUAUGGGCUGGUGGCCAACAAGAGAAGGUCCUACUCCUUCACCUCAGCCACCUACCAGAGGAUCACACCGAUGGCUGCGCCCAAGGAGCCUGUGGAGGCUGGGGGCAGCUACUCAGUCACACUGUACAUUGGGGAGCAAGCAUCAGCUGUGCCACGAGCACGCUGCCACUCCUUCGUGGCCCAGCCAGGGAGCCCACGGGACACGCUCAGUGAGAAGACCCCUGGACCCUCUCGCCCCAAGAAUAAAUCUGUCUUCAAGAAGUUCUUCGGGAAAAAGGAGUAAGACUCAGCUGAGGGGAGAGGAAAGUCUCAACCUGUCCUUCAUCCCCCUCUGGGGUGCCAUCCUGGCCUGGUCUCUGCUCCCAGCACCAGCUCACCGCUUGCCAUCUCCCUGGGGGAGAAAGGCUGCCACAAGUGGCUCUGCUCCAGCUGGCCCCAGGGUUCGCACCAUGCCCCUGUCACUGCUGCCCCUGGCCUCAGCCCGGUGCUGAGCAUCCCUCCUGCCCACCCAUCGGGUGCUCUCUGUGGGUGCCACUAGCUCCCCAGGUGUCUCACUGACAUGCAGCACAAGCAGGGAUAGGGGGGUGGUUGUUUUUAUUAAAAAA